AUGUUGCUGCCAGAGAAUCCAGAAAGCUGGCUUCUUGCGGCAUCGGCCCUGGGCGUAUGCGGUGCGAGCAUCGUCGUCGCCUCGCGCUUCACAACAUGCGCGGCCGGCUUCGCCCAAUUGGCGGUCCGCGCAAAGCCGCAGGACAACUGGUACGAAGAUGAAGACGGCAAGAGCACGCCAGAGUCCAUGGCCCGAUUCUCCAACAAGGCGCCCAAGCUGCUGUGUCUGUUUCUUUCCACCGUCGCAUUUGCGGCCUCGGUGGCGGUCUCUGUGCUUAGCACCCUCUACGCGGAAACACGCAAUGGGCAAAUUUCGUCCUGGCUUUUGACCUUGGCAUGGUUGAUUAUUCUCCUCCAAUCCGUGUCUAUCCGGCUCGAUAUUGCCCCCGUCCGAUGCUACGAGGCUGGCCUCCGGGUCGCUGCAUCGGCCGCCUUGAUCGCCCCAGCCAUUGUCCUGCAGGGGCUGUUUGUCGCUCAUCACUCGCUGAAUUCGAGACAAAUUAUUCAGAGCCUCAUCGUGGGAAAUGCAUUUCUCUGCCCUUGCGUACUCCUCAACGGGCUGUCCUUUCCAAGACGCCCCGACGUGCACCACAACGGCCGGCCCGUGUCGCCCGAGCAGUCCGUCUGCGCGCUGCAGCGCUUCAUGUUCCUCUGGGUGCGGCCGCUGAUUCGGACAGCAGCGCGCCAAGGUGAUCUCGAUCACAACGAUGUUCCGUCCAUGGAAAAGUACGCGAGGGCAGCGCACUUGACUCUACAGUGGAUUCGUGCCAAGCACACCGGACGUCUCGUACGAUCUCUGGGCCGCACAUACUGGAAAGAACUUACAGUUCUUUGGAUCUGCGUCCUUGUUCGCUCAGUUAUCGGUGUAGGGCCGUUUUGGGCCAUGUCGCAGCUUAUACAAAGGCUGGAGAAGGUGGGCACUGAGCCCCAACCAGGGUCGAGUCUCUGGAUCUUCCCCGUCCUCAUCGGUCUCUUCACACUUGCUGACCAGAUGAUGGCUUCCCGGAUCAUGUGGCGCUCGAUCAAGAACAUCUUCGCACCAGUCCGGGGACAGCUGUCCGCACUGAUCUUUGCCAAGGCCCUGCGCCGAAAAGACAUCAAAUCCGCCGCCCAUGUCGGAGACGAGGAUAUGCCAGCUGUUGCCACAAACGGGACAACCAGCAACGACGCAGCAAAGCAGAAAGAGCGAGACGCAAAAGCAAAGCCCCACGACACCGCCGAAGACUCGUCCAAGUCGCGCCAGGCCAUCAUGAACCUCAUCGGCGUCGACGUCAAGCAUAUUGCCGACUUCGCCAUGUACCAGAUCCUGAUCGUGAGCAGCGUCGGCAAGCUCGUCGUCUUUUCCGGCUACCUGGUGCAGGUCAUAGGCGCUGUGCCGUUUCUCGCCGGCGCCCUCGCCUGGGCCUCUCUGCUCCCCGUCAACGCCAUGGCCUCGCGCCGGUACAUUGACGCCGAGACGCGGCUGAUGCGCGACCGCGACCAGAAGCUGGCCGUCGUCAGCGAGGCCGUCAACGGCCUGCGCCGCAUCAAGUUCUCCGCCCUCGAGGCCACGUGGGAGCGGCGCAUCCUCGCCAAGCGCGCCGAAGAGCUCGACACCCUGUGGCGCGUGUUCCUGGCCAACACCAUGGUAUUUUGCUGCUGGGUCACCAGUCCCAUCUUGCUGUCCGCGGCAUCACUGGCGACACGACUAGAUGCGUUUCUGGGCGAGCCUGAGCUGCAGCACUGGCCGACGGACACGCCGGAGGCGACUCAGCGCGACUAUGACAAUGAAACAUUUACCUUGAGUGGACUGAAUGCAGAAUUUCCGCAGGGUCAGCUUUCCGUUAUUACAGGAAAAUCCGGGACGGGCAAGACACUACUACUCCAUGCACUCAUCGGAGAAGCCGAGCUAUACGGCGGUCACAUUGUGAUGCCGGCCGCUCCUCAAGAGCCUCCUUCCUGGAACUGCACCGAGGACCAGUUCAACGCGGACGACUGGGUGGUGCCCGGCACGGUGGCCUACGUCGCCCAGACUGUCUGGCUCGAAAAUACGUCUCUCCAGAACAACAUCCUGUUUGGCCUGCCGUACGUCGCGAGCCGCUACGCCGCGGUGCUUCACGCCUGCGCCUUGGAAAAGGACAUUGCCGCUCUCGACGACGGCGACGCGACGGAGCUAGGCGCCAACGGCGUUAACCUCAGCGGCGGGCAAAAGUGGCGCGUCUCGCUGGCACGUCUGCUGUACUCGCGCGCCGCGAUCCUCGUCAUGGACGACAUCUUCAGCGCCGUGGACGCGCAUGUCGGUCGGCACAUUAUGCUGCAUGCCAUUGCGGGGGAUAUUUGCAAAGGACGCACGCGAAUUCUGGUCACGCACCAUCUGGGAUUGGUGGCGGAGGAGGCGGCCUACUUUAUCGAACUGGGCAGCGGGACGAUACAGCAUUCGGGGCCGACCUUGAGAGACUUCAUCGGGGUCGCAACGAGCGGCGGCACAGCCACGCCAAAGUCGGUCUCGAGCGUCGCGACCAGUUUCAACCCGCCCCGCCUCUCGGGCCAAACUGGCCACCAAUCGGCAGGUGAUGACGGAGAGGAUGCAGAAGCAAAGAAGUACGUCCAGGAUGAAGCACGUGAAAAGGGUGUAAUCAAGCGCCAUGUCUACCACAAGCUAGUUACGAGCGGCGGUGGUUGGCAUCUCUGGAUUCCGCUCCUCGUCUUCUUGACUCUGUUUGAGGCAACAAACUUUGGCCGGAAUUGGUGGUUGCGCAUCUGGACAGCGGCUAGCCAAGGCAAUAUGCCAACUGGUAACACGACGAGCCUGGCCAGCUUCCAGGCCGCCUUUGUCCAACCUGCUCUGAUGGCCUUUUAUUCUUCCGAGCAUGAUGUAGCGCCUCCAGAGUCCCAUUCCCUCUCCUAUUACCUGGGCGUUUACCUGCUUCUCUGCGCGGCGGGCGCGCUCAUAGGCACCCUGCGUUUCUACUGGUCCUUUAUGAUCAGUCUCCAGUUCAGCAGGAAGCUCUUCCAAGACGUCGUGCACACCAUCCUCCGCGCGCCGCUCCGCUGGAUGGACACGGUCCCCGUCGGCCGCAUCCUCAACCGUCUCACCGCCGACUUUGACAUUCUCGAUAGCCGGCUCAUGGAAGACAUGACUCUUGUGUUGGUGCACGCGUUCGAGCUCGUCACCAUCUGCUUCGCCGCCGUCAUCCUCUCACGUCUCAUGAUUCCCCUCGCUGGCGUGCUGAUCAUCGCUAGCAUCCUCGUGUCGGGGCGCUACCUCGCCGCCGCGCGGCCCGUGAAGCGCCUCGAGAGCAACGCCAAGUCGCCCGUGUUCGAGACGCUCAACGCCGCGCUGGCUGGCGUGUCCACACUCCGCGUGUACCGCAAGACGGCCGACUACACGCGCCGCAUCCACGACCAAAUUGACGAAUGGGGCACCAUGACGCUUCACAACUGGUCGCUCAACCAGUGGAUGACGUUUCACAUGAACCUGAUUGGCACCGUCUUCACCACGGCCGUCGGGCUGCUCGUCGUGGCCGACCCGGCGCAUUUUGGCGCCAACCUCGCCGGCUUCGCACUGUCGUUUGCGCUCAGCUUCUCCUGGGCCAUCACUUUUGCGAUGCGCAACUACGCGACCAUGGAGCUGGACAUGAACGCCGUCGAGCGCAUCACGGAAUACGCCGAGCUGCCGACCGAGGACCUAGGGGGGUUGGAGCCGCCCGCAGACUGGCCGCGCAACGGUACCGUGCAGGUCGAGCACCUGCAAGCCGCGUAUGCCGAGGGUUUGCCCGCCGUGCUGCGGGAUGUCUCUUUCGAGAUUGGCGACAAGCAGCGGGUUGGCAUAGUCGGUCGCACGGGAGCAGGCAAGUCGUCGCUUACACUGGCGCUGUUUCGGCUCAUUGAUAGGCGAGGUGGGAAGGUGGUGAUUGACGGGAUUGAUACUUCGAUUCUCAAUGCCCAAAGCAUGCGCUCGCGCCUGUCCAUCAUUCCUCAAGACCCUGUUUUGUUCUCUGGCACGAUCCGCAGCAACCUGGAUCCUUCCAACCAGCACACUGACGACGAGCUGCACAGCUGUCUCGCCCGCGUGCACCUCAUCGAUUCGGACAGCGACCGCAGCAUCGCGGCCGAAAGCAGCGACGACGAAACCUCCUCCUCGUUGUCCCCGUUGCCCACCAACGUCAACAUUUUCAAGCGGCUGUCCAGCAAGGUGUCCGAGGGCGGUGGCAACCUGUCGCACAGCCAGCGCCAGCUCGUCUGUCUCGCGCGGGCCAUCUUGUCCCGUCCGAGGCUCCUGGUGCUCGAUGAGGCCACGUCGGCGGUUGACAUGGCGACGGACCGGCUGAUUCAGCGCAGCAUACGGGAUGGUUUCCACGACACGACGCUCAUUGUCGUGGCGCACCGGCUGCAGACGGUAGCCGACUUUGACAAGAUCUUGGUGCUGGACGCGGGCAUGGUGGUCGAGGCGGGCACACCAAGCGAGUUGUGGGAGAAGCCGGGUGGUGCGUUUCGGGAGCUGUGUGAACAGAGUGGUGAAGCUGUGCAGCUGCGAGAAAUGAUCUACGCAAACGAGGUCUGA